CUAGUCUCGUAAAAGUUCCACACGACAGAAAAUGCUGAUCGUGGAGUUUUGGAUCGCUCUCGGUACUACGGUACUGUUGAUCGGUGGGUUUGGGAUGUGUUUGAUACUGGACAAGCGACGAUCGGUGUGGGUUGAUCGUCGUUUUCCUAGCACCGGCCGGACAUGUGUCUUGUACGGUGACUAUAAGGCAGCGGGACGUACAGAGCAUCGUAUGUACACGACGCAGAGGUUAUAUCGCUCGUUUAAGGCAAAAAAGUGGCCCAUAGGUGGAGCGGUGAUGUAUCUAACGCCUUGUGUAAUACCGACCGAUCCUCGCCUGAUCGAGCAUAUACUAAGUGAGGAUUUUGUGAAGCUGAGCAGAAAUGAUGCAUCAGAGUGUGCAACGUUCGUAAAAUGGUGGAAUACGUUCGAGGAUGAACAUUUUGACACGUUGAUUGGCGUGGUGAUGGAGGAGAGUGUACAGAUAAUAGAAAUAUUAGUAUCGUAUAAAACUCCAGUGGAUGUUAAAGCAAUCGUGGAGCUGUUUGUGGCAAGAGCGAUAACGAGAUGCAUAUUCGGGAAGAGGUAUGAGGAUGACAGUCACAUAAUUCCCCUCACAGAGAAACUAGCCAAACAACCAUCGGGUAUUGUUUGGGACGUAUUAUCAACGGCCUUUCCAAACACGGCAUUUAUUCGGGUAUUGCACAAAGCGUUAAACCACGUCCAAGAAUAUCCUGUGAUUCUUGAGGAACUGGUAAGUUCCAUUGCAUCCGCUAGCACAACGGAUGCCAACUUCUUGAAGUAUAUGAAACACGAGGAACAGCAGACAACUGCAGCUGAUCGUAUGGCGUUUCAUGCUACAAAGUCGUUAAUGCUGGAAUUAGUUCAGAAUGUAUUUUUCAUAGCGUCAGGCACAAUGGUAGCCUGUUUGUUUGAGUUGGCCCACCACCAAAAGAUUCAAAACAAUCUCCACAAGGUACUAAAGCGUUCCGGUGAUUCCAUGGUCGAUUAUCUGGACAAGAUUAUUGGAGAAACGCUGCGCAAGUAUCCCCCAAUCGAUGAGGUGUCAUUUAUCAGCGGUGCCAACAAUCGUCUACCUAACUGUGAUUUAUUGGUUCCGAAGAACACAAGAGUGAUCGUCCCUAUCUAUGCACUGCACCAUGAUACUGAAUUCUAUCCGGAUCCAAACAGGUUCGACCCAGAGAGACCUGUGCUACGAUCGAAGAAAGAGACACCUCUUUACCGCCCACUGGGUUGCGUACCAUUCCCUGUAGGGUCAAACCUUGCCCUGUUGAUAGUUCGCGUGGGGUUGGGCCAAAUUUUGACAGAGUGUACUGUGCGCUUAAGUCCGGAAACACCGGCAACGUUGCUGAUAUCGCCAAAUCAACCGAUACCGUACCCCAGUGGACGUGUCGAGUUAUUGAUAAAUCGAGCGUCCUAG